GGAACUAGUAACGUUGCUCCUGUCGGCCUGAAAACCACGAGGUCGUGGAAGCAUAAACUUGGACAACCGGCGUCUUUCUGUAUUUAUGUUUGUGGAAGAACUGAUGGGAUGCUAGUGGGACUGGAAUGUUAGUGUUUGUGAUUUUAUCCAUUUUGUGCUAUCCUGUACACACUGCUGGUGCUAGUUCUUUGAGUGCUCACAAUGGAGACAGAGGAGAGAGAAGAGAAACCACCGGAAGGAACGCGGUUGUGGAAGAACCCGAGUUCACCGAUGUCAUCCAGAACAUCACCGUAGCUGCAGGCAGGAACAUUAGAUUUGCUUGUGCAGUCAAGAAUUUAGGAACGUAUAAGGUUGCUUGGAUGCAUUUUGAACAAUCAGCAAUCCUGACAGUCCACAACCACGUUAUAACAAGGAAUCCACGGAUAAGCGUCACCCACGACAAGCAUCGCACUUGGUUCCUUCAUAUUAACAAUGUCCAAGAGGAAGACAAAGGUCGUUAUAUGUGUCAAAUCAACACUGUUACUGCUAAAACGCAAUUUGGAUUCCUUCAUGUCGUUGUUCCUCCAAAUAUAGACGACUCUUUGAGCAGCAGCGAUGCGAUCGUGAGGGAAGGCUCCAACGAAACGUUAACUUGUAAAGCCACCGGAUUUCCUACACCUAGCGUUAAAUGGAAGAGGGACGAUAAUACCAAAAUUACCAUAAAUAAAACUCUUCAAGUUCUUGAAUGGGAAGGAGAAACGCUGGAACUAACAAAAAUUUCCAGACUGGACAUGGGAGCUUAUUUAUGCAUUGCCAGUAAUGGUGUACCUCCAACAGUUAGUAAAAGAAUCAAAGUUAGUGUAGAUUUUCCUCCAAUGUUAUGGAUUCCCCAUCAGCUGGUAGGAGUUCCUUUAAACUACGCCGUGACCCUCGAGUGUUUCACGGAGGCAAAUCCAAGUUCUCUAAACUACUGGACCCGGGAAGACGGCCAGAAUAUGAUACACGAUUCAAGGAAGUAUCGCACAGAAAACAGCGUCGGCUAUCCUUCAUAUAAAACCCACAUGAAACUCACCAUUAACAACAUUCAGCAAAGUGACUAUGGGACCUACAAAUGCGUCGCGAAGAAUCCCAGAGGGGAGACGGACGGGACUAUCAGAUUGUACACUUCGUCACCUCCAACAUCUUCGUCAAGGCCUCCAACUACUGACUCUUCCAAGGACUUUUGGAGCAAAGGAAACGGCUCUGCUUAUGGAAAUUCUCUUUCAGUCUCUCACAUUUCGGAUAAAGGCUCUAAGUAUCAAUCGAAUUUAAACGAAAUUGACAAAUCAGAACAGAAGGCCAAUACGGAUUCAGACACCAAGGGUCAUUUUUAUGAAACUUCUUCUGAAAAUAUGGGAGAUCAUCUUAAAUUUUGCUUGGUUACCGUUUUAUCAUCUUUCGUCUUCCCAAUCUUGAUGUUAAGGGCAACGAGGUGAAUAAUCUAUCACCAAAAUUUCAGUUAUUAGACUAAGUGAGUUUACUUAAGAAUGAACGCUUUAAGAUGGAAUUAUAAGUGUAUAAUGUACAUUGGGUAGUUACUAUUUAAUCAAAGACUGAAAAUUGGUUAGCUUAACAUAUCACUGAAUAACAUAGUAUAAACGUAUAUUGUUUUUGUCAGACAUUGGUAGAUAAUAGUUUAAUUUUAAUAUAUACAAGUUACCUUCUAUCUAAAAAAUAUAAUUCAAUAAUAAAUGCUUAAAAAUUA